ACGUUACCGCCAAACGGUGUUGAAACGCGGGUGAAACUAGACGGUGGGAAGAAACGCGGGUGAAACUAGACGGUGGGAAGACUUUGGUGAAACAGUGAAAAUGGUUGCGUUAGUGUUUUGUCUACUGAAACACUCGAUAGCGUUGCUGCUAUUAUGCAUGUGUCUUGCGAUGCUGGUCCGGGAUUCGAACGCGCGACCCCCCGGAAAUCAGGCGACUGGCAUAUUCUCCGAGUCUGCUCAGUGUAAAACAGACGACGAGUUAGUGGACUUAUGCCAGCGCUGUGCCAAGCUCACAAAAGGCAAGGACGCGUACAAGACCUGCUGUUCAACAGACUUGAGUGCCAGGAAAUGGUGUUACGACUACGUCUACUUCGGAAGAGAAUGAAAAAUGCCGAGCAAGGAACCAUGACUAAAUGUGGUUGGAAAUUUGUCAAAAAACGAAUAUAAUCGUAAGAAAACCAACCACAACUUAUCAAACAAGACUUAUAGUCUUACCUUCAAGAAGCGUCCUUGGCAAGCGGCGCGUUAAACGUAGCGCCGAGCGUUCCUGAAGCAGCACGCGAUGUGGCCACUCUCAUACGUCUUCAUUGGUUUGAUGUGGACGCUGCGUGAUUCGAGCGUAUUAUUGCGGCAAGAAGUAUUGGGUCAUUAAGAACGUACAUGAAUUAGGUAUUGUAAGUGAAAAGUGUGAUGCAAAGACUUGAAGUAAAACUGUGCUACGAUUAGAACGGACGAUAAAAAAAACCCAACUAUAUUAUUAAAAUAAAAAAAUGCAAUAUUCUUGUGACAAUUUUUUCGACGCAUUUUAGACAAAACGUUUUUCAAAAAACUCAGAUAAAUCUAGUGCACAGAAAUUCUGACUAAAAUAUGUUAAGCCAUUUUUGACUUUUUUAAACUUAGCCAUUUUAAUAAUAUACCAAUAUAAGGCGUAUAGACUAUAUUAAGAAGUUAUGCUCAAUCGUAAAUAACUCAUAUAUUCGGGUUAAGCUAGUUUCUUAUACUUGCCAUCACGAACUCAGAAAUAACAAAAGACCUCUGUUCAAUUCGUAGAUAUUUAGGUCUAAUUUUUGUAUUAGCAUUAUGAAGUUACUUCUGUGUUCGAAUUAAAAAUAAAACUAUACCCUGUUUCAAAUAUGAAGGCCCGAUAAAAAGCACUAAGGCUCAAGUCAUAUCGGGCCUUCGUAUUUCAAAUGAAUUGAACCUAUUUUUGGCCAUUCUGUGCUAGGCUAUAAGUGAGUUACCAUACAUUGUACUAUAAAACAUGAAUAUGACAAUUAUAGUGAGAAUAGUUUCGUCAUAAAGUCUCGUAUAAUAAUCAUCGGUGCUAAUAUAAUUUUGAAAAAGUAAAUUAAGUAAAAGUUGCCAAAACAAUAAACUCUAUUUGAAAAGGGCCCAUAAUUACAUAUAUUAUUGGCCAUGAUUUAUUAAAAAAAAAUAUUUUUUCAUUUAUUUUUGAUUGUUACAAAUAAAAUCUAUUGAAAAAUUCACAUCAUGUCAACACAAUGCCACCUGCAAAUGAUUUUUCAUUUUUGUUCGUUAAGUAUCUCUAAAUUAUUUGAAAAGUGAAAUUAGUUUAGAGAAGUGGGUAUCGUUUGCAUAUUUAACCUUUUAACAAUUCAGUAGUUCAGUGUUUAAAAGGUUAAACGUACUGAAAUUAUAUUAACGCCGAUGAAUAUAAUAUAUAAAAGAAAAAAAUGUGCUCUAGUAUAAAACGUGAUAAUUAAGUAUAUAAUUUAGUAUUAAGCUAUAUUUGUGAUAUUAAAUCAUAGCACUGCAUUGAUAUUAUUUGCACAGAUGUAAGACACCGUUUAUAAUUGUAAUAUAAAAGUGAGAUUCAUUGUGAGAUUAAUAUAAUUUUCGUUGUGACUAUAUAAAAAGGUUUUUUAUGUGAGCUAGAAAUGUAUUCUUUGAU